AGAGGAAUUAUGCUCGGUUAAGUUGCCUUGUUUGCUGGUGCUUCUGGAAGUGGCCGAAAGAGGCAUAGUCUUGGCGGCCUCUCAGGGCUAGCUCCAAUUGACAUCAUCCUCCGCCUGCAUUAUUCCGAGCCCCGAGGCCGAUGCAGGUCGCGCCCUCAGAGCUAAAAAGCCACCUGCAAACACGCGACCUAAUCGCGCUACAGGCUUCGAUAGUCGACCCUCACCCAGACCUACCUCUUGCACCUCUUCAUCAAGCUCUCAAUUGAGCCUUUCUUUCCUUUUGUUCUUUUUGUAGCGUUUUCACAUGAAUGACGCUCUUGUUUGUUCUAAAGCUUGGAUUGCUUCGGAGUUUGAUCCACUACAUCACCACCUUCUACCAGUCCGGGCAACUUGUUCAACCUAAUCGUGGACGCACCACCUCACAUCCUCUUUCCUCUUGAUACCCUCCACGCGUUCCGAUCCUCUGCUUCACAGUUUCACCGCUCGCUAUAGCAGCUCCUCGAGGCCUGGAUUGGCUUCUCCUCCGACGCGGUCUCUACCGCCAUGGCCACUUCUCCCGCAGAUGGCGUCUCCCUGCGGACGGUCAGACUCAAAGUCCUCUACACGUUUGAUUCCGAGCAAAAAGACAACCACCUUGCACGGUGGCCCCAAUCUUUGGAAGUGCAGACUGCCUUCAUCGACGACGUAAAUCAGAUCGGUGUGAUCGAUCUGCGGACCUGUUUGGAAGCUGUCACGACUGCCAGCCCUGAGCUCACCACUCUCGUCGACAACGACUACACCAUUUACGCAUAUGAUUACUCAGAACCUGAUACACCAUUGGUUGGACAAGGGAUGUUGUCAAAAGCACUAGCUGGCCAAGCUCAAAGCACGAGCUCUGAUGGUGAAGCCAUGAUCACGGGCAAGAUCUCAAAGAAUAUUAUGGGUUUGUUCUCUAAAAACGCCCAAGAGACGCUGGAGGUGAAACUUCGAUUCACACCGGUCAACACGUUUGCACAGGCCAGAUACCGCUCAGGAAGUGUCAGCUCACAAGAUGGGAUGCGACCUCAGUGGAACAACGGCCCUUGCCUACAGACAUUACAGCGAUCAGCUUCGCCAAUUGAUACUUCAGGACUAGAAACGAUGCAGCGAAUGUUGAGUGGCGAGACACUACAUGGAUCAGGAUCAGGCAGCAGACCUGGAACGCCGACUGCAACACAGAACCUUAGUCACCCCAUGCGUCAGCCUGGCCAUCCAUCCCGGCCUAGUUCACGAGCGGGAAUGCGUCAGCUUCCUGAAGGGAGGCGUGAAUCAUUUCAAUCUGGAUACUUCAGUGGCGAUGAUAUCGGGGAAGAAGGUCCGGCAAGAAAGAGAGCGAAGACGACCAAGGUUGAUUUGCCAACAAAGUCUAAUUUCAAUAUUGAACGACAACCAGAGUCGCUAAGGGUCGUUGCAAGUGCUGCAUCAAGCCUCCGGCUUCAUCGGCCCAUCGCUGUGAACCCAGCUGCGGCAGUUCAGCCAAACUCUCAUAAUGAGGAAGCUGCAAGGCCACCAACUCCGAUUCCUGCUUCGAAAACGGCCAAACCACGAGGAAGACCAGGAAGACCACGAAAGAACCCUCCUAGCAGUUUGGCCCAGGGAUCCCAAGUUAGGGAAUCGUCUCCAGCGACGGACGUGGGCCUUCAGCCUGAACUCCUUGCUGUGCCUAUUGCGUCACCUGAGGACACUCGAGGUCAAAGUGUCGGCAGUACACCUGCAAAUAUUCCGUCCUCACCACCUGUUAUGCCAGAAUUUCGACAGCCAGCGAUUACUAGUCCUGUACUUCCGCCUGUGAUCGGUUCCUCCGGACAUGACUCAGGGUUUAUGAGUGGCAAUCUUGAAGAUCUCUUUGGAGACGAUCACUUGUUGCAAUUCGAUGAUUUUAUCGUGGACAAACCAGAAGAUCAAGAUGCGAAUGAGGGUUGUCAAGAAAAGCACCGUCCGAUCGACCAAUAUCCUGCGGUCUUUGAAGAAGGCAACGAUAUCGAGGAAGCACAAUCCGCACAACCGGGGUAUAAUAUAAUGCCCCCGCCGCUUCCUCUUGCACCAAAGCCGCUGUCUAGAGCACAAUCAUACACUCCAGUGCCAACACCACGAAUCAGCAUGUCAUCUCCACGACUAGCUCCGGCCCCUAUUCCAAGAGCUCGGCAGAUUAUGGAAGAGCAGCGUGAGCAACAACGGAAAAUAGCUCUUGCGCCCCUCGUACCGAAGAGUGAUCCCGCGCCAAGAGCGCUACACCGUGCGCAAACUUGGGCACCUGAUAGCGACAUUCCUAUGUCCGAUGUGCCUGGAGGUGAGGAGGCAAAAGCAAAGGCUGCAUCCAAGAAGAAGGUUGGCAAGGAGCAGACCAAGGCAAGAUUGGAGAAUGCUAUCGCAAAUGGAAUAAUGCCGCCUUUCUGUGACAAUUGCGGCGCAAUAGAGACACCAGCGUGGAGAAGAGCCUAUGUCAAGGUUUUUGAUUGCCCUUGGGAUGAUGUUGAGACAUCACUGAACCAUGGUGAAUGCUGCUUCAAGGAACCCAUCAACCACAACCCCGAUGGAUCUGUGAAAACCUUCCGAGGCUACAAAGUGGACAAGCGACAAGGUGACGAAGCAGAUGACUGGGAGGCGAUAACGUUAUGCAAUCCCUGCGGCUUAUGGUUCCAUAAGCAGAAAUGCCCUCGGCCUGCGUCAAAAUGGCAAAAGAAAGAUCCCAAGGAGAAGGGCAAGCGCAAACGAAACCCACCGAAACCCUUUGGGAAGACCAACGGAAAUUCUAACCUCAGGAGUGAUGCCCAGAGUCCUGCUAGCGACGACUCUUCUCCGGGUGACUCAGCUACGGAAGCGCCUGAUGCGGAAGAAAACGACACCGAAGUAUCUCACACUGACAAUGUUGCUGCUGAUAAUGGCGAACCGGAACUGCCCCCGAUCCCGCGCUCAUUACGGGCAAACAGCGCAGGUCCGAGAGCCAGAGGUCUACAGGCGAGGACUCGUCACCAGUCAGGUGGCAGACAGGUGCAAUCAAGUCCUGCACGUGCUCCUGGAUCAGAAGAUAUUCCUAUCGAGAUUGAUCUAACACCGAAACCCGUCCGGAGGCAAUUGUUCCCUUCGCCGGACAAACCGCAAAUACCGUCUGAUUCUGGACCAACAAGCAAAGCUACUGACAGUUCUCUGCCGGCUUUUGUGAGACGAAGUCCCAGGCUCAAUAAAACCAGGAAUGUCUUUGCAGUACCGGCAGCGGCAAUUGAAUUGGGAGUCGACGGAAAGGAGAACGUGCCGCCUGUCUCAGCAGUGAUUGACGAUGGCCUUGCGGAGUUGUUUGAGGAGACACCCGCCGAUAUUCAGAUACCGCCCAUGACUCCGACGCCCAAGAGACGAUCAGAGCGGAUUCUACUCAAAACGCCCUCAAAGACACCCCAACGUCAGUUCGGUGCCCAAUUGUCUCCCAACGCCGAGCAGACUCCUCAUUUCCGGACACCGAAAGUCAAGCAUGAUCUCCAUCCUGCUCUCACUGCGUUGCUUGGCACUGUGCAGAAAGACGUGCAGCAGAUGACCCCUUUCUCGCGCUCGAUUCAUGAGGCUUUGACCAGUGAUUGUCCACUGGACCUGAAUCUGACGGAGGAAGACAAGGCCCUCUUGCGGGACAAUGGGAAAAGGGAAACACCUAAGAAGGCCAUAUCAUUUGACUUUCCUGAUUUGCCGUCUCUCAAAAAUUCUUCCCCCAUAUCCGGUGACCAGCUCAUGAAUUUCGCCUUCUCGGAAAUGACAACGGAUCAAUUGACAAGUGACCUGAUUGAUCCUUUCACCAACACUGCAAUGACCAGCUCACCUCCCGGGGGAUUUUUCGGAUAUCUUGACACCACGGACAUGGAGAACGGCAUCAACUCGAUGUGGGAGAGUCUGGUUGAUGUGAAUGCAGCUUAUCAUUCCAGCCAAUCUGCAUAUCCUGACCCUGAAGCGUUGACUGUUCCAGGGACUGCGGCUCAAGGGGUACGGAGAAGCCCAAGAAAACAGAACGCAAAAUGAGAUAGUGGCACGACUUGAUUCCUGCAGUGGUGGUGACUGAGAUGGGUUUGUUUGUUAAAAAGCAAGGCUACGAUCAUUCAGCAUUUGCCCCAUCCGCCUAGAGUGGCUAGUGUACAGCAGGUGCUAAUGAUGUGUAUGAUAUUCAUCAGGCAGAGUUUCAUUGAAGAUAUUGGUGAUGUUGUCGUUGUGGUAGCCUCAAUACACUGAGUCGAAGGCCAGAGUCGGCAGAUGGAUACCGUGAGCAAAGUGCAAUCCAGCUUUUCAAAGGCCCAUGCCGUGCUUAAACAGACUUGACAUCCGAUACUUCUAU